AUGCGGGCCCUUAUUCGCCUCCCAAUCUCCCCUUUCCGCAUCCCGUUCUCCCCUUUCCGCAUCCCGUUCUCCCCUUUCCGCAUCCCGUUCUCCCCUUUCCGCAUCCCGUACUUCCCUUUCCGCAUCCCGUUCUCCCCUUUCCCCAUCCCGUUCUCCCGUUCCUCGUCCCGUUCUUCCCUUUCCGCAUCCCGUUCUCCCCUUUCCGCAUCCCGUUCUCCCCUUUCCGCAUCCCGUUCUCCUCUUUCCCCAUCCCGUUCUCCCCAUCGUGCCUCCCUUUCUCCCAUUCCUGCCUCUCCUUCUUCCAUUCCCACCUCCCGAUCUCCCUUCCCUCGUUUCCCUCUCUUCCCUCCCUUCCCUCGUUUCCCUCUCUUCCCUCCCUUCCCUUGGUUCCCUCUCUUCCCUCCCUUCCCUCGUUUCCCUCUCUUCCCUCCCUUCCCUCAUUUCCUCGCUUCCCUACCUUCCCUCCUUUCCCUCGUUUCCCUCUCUUCCCCCUCUUCCCUCGUUUCCCUCUCUUCCCUCCCUUCCCUCGUUUCCCUCUCUUCCCUCCCUUCCCUCGUUUCCCUCUCUUCCCUCCCUUCCCUCGUUUCCCUCUCUUCCCUCCCUUCCCUCGUUUCCCUCUCUUCCCUCCCUUCCCUCGUUUCCCUCUCUUCCCUCCCUUCCCUCGUUUCCCUCUCUUCCCUCCCUUCCCUCGUUUCCCUCUCUUCCCUCCCUUCCCUCGUUUCCCUCUCUUCCCUCCCUUCCCUCGUUUCCCUCUCUUCCCUCCCUUCCCUCGUUUCCCUCUCUUCCCUCCCUUCCCUCGUUUCCCUCUCUUCCCUCCCUUCCCUCGUUUCCCUCUCUUCCCUCCCUUCCCUCGUUUCCCUCUCUUCCCUCCCUUCCCUCGUUUCCCUCUCUUCCCUCCCUUCCCUCGUUUCCCUCUCUUCCCUCCCUUCCCUCGUUUCCCUCUCUUCCCUCCCUUCCCUCGUUUCCCUCUCUUCCUCCCCUUCCCUCGUUUCCCUCUCUUCCCUCCCUUCCCUCGUUUCCCUCCCUUCCCCUCCUUCCCUCGUUUCCCUCUCUUCCCUCCCUUCCCUCGUUUCCCUCUCUUCCCCCCCUUCCCUCGAUUCCCUCUCCCCAUCCCUGCAUCCCCCUCUCCCCAUCCCUGCAUCCCCCUCUCCCCAUCCCUGCAUCCCCCUCUCCCCAUCCCUGCAUCCCCCUCUCCCCAUCCCUGCAUCCCCCUCUCCCCAUCCGUGCAUCCCUUCCCUUUUUUUCCAUACCUUCCCUUUCAUGCCUCCCAUCACCUCUCCUUGCCGUCCCAUCUCCCCGUCAUGCCUCCCACCAUCUCCACACGCGUACAGCCCUAUCUCAUGUCACCACUUCACCUCUUCUCCCAUCGUCACACUCGCUACCAAACAGCACGCGGUUUUAGACACGCGCGUGCCAGAGAAAUGCCAUGCUCCCUGCUCCCUCCCUUACCCCAAUUUCCCUCCUACUUCCCCUUGUUUUCCCCUUUUGCUUCCCCUGCUUUUCCCCCCUUCAUCCCCUCUUUUUCCCCCCUACGUCCCUUCCUUUCUCCCCAUGCAUCCACCCCUUUCCCCCCUUGCUUCCCCUCCUUUUCCUGCCUCCAUGACCUCAUUUCCCCCCCGUGUUUCCCCUCCUUUCCCCCCCGUGUUUCCCCUCCUUUUCCCCCUGUGUUUCCCCUCCUUUCCCGACCGUGUUUCCCCUCCAUCCCCCCUGGCCGCUCCUUUUUCCCCUUGCCUCCCCUCCUUUCCCCCCCUUGCAUCCUCUCCGUUCCGCCCCUGCAUCCCUUAUACCGUUCCCUUGCUUCCCCUCCUUUCCUCCCCGGCUUCCCCUCCUUUUCCCCCCUUUUUCCCCUCCUUUACGCCCCUGCCCCUCCUUUUCCCCCUUGCUUCCCCUCCUUUCCCCCCCUUGAAUUCCCUCCUUUCUCCCCAUGUUUCCCCUUCUUUCCGCCCCUGCAUCCCCUACUUUCUCUCCCUGCUUCCCCUCCUUUCCCCCCUGCUUCCCCUCCUUUUCCCCCCUUGCUUCCCCUCCUUUCCCCCCCUGCAUCCCUUCCUUUCCCCCUCCGCUUCCCUUCCUUUCCCUACCUGCAUCCCUGCUCCCAAUCCUUUCCCCCCUGCUUCACUUCCUUUCCCCUCCGUGCUUCCCCUCCUUUCCCCCCCUGCAUCCCGUACGAGAGAAGGUACAUUGGGAGGGUAA